UGCGUUGUUAUCAGUCACACUGCAAAGAGCUGGAGGACAGAGGGAGCGAUGAGCUGUGUUUUGGAUUACAAUAAACAUUGUUUUUUGUUCUAUUUUAAUGCUUGGCGAACAAUGGCGUUUUGGAAAUUGCUCAAUUAAUGAUGGAUUUUAGACUCUUCUACGCACACUGUCGACUUGGAUCCGUGUGUUGUAGCCGAUAAAGGAUGACAAAGAGAAAAGGAUAUGUACACUGGAGAUGGCAAGCCCUUUGGUGGCAUCAUUUUUUCCUUUUGUGGAGUACAACAAACGGGCAGACUCGGUACAGCAUCCAGGAGGAGCUCAAGCAGGGCUCUGUGGUAGGAAAUCUCGCCAGAGAUUUAGGUUUAGGACUCUCUGAGAUUUUCGAGCGAAAAUUACGCGUCGCCUCUGAGGCCGGUGAGCAGUAUUUCAGCGUGGAUGCGGGGAGAGGAGAGCUGCUGGUGAACGACAGAAUAGACAGAGAGGAUUUAUGCGGACAAAGUGCCAGCUGUGUGUUGCCUUUGCAGGUUGUCAUUGAAGAUCCACUGCAGCUUUUUCGCGUUGAAGUAGAAAUUUUAGACAUAAACGAUAAUCCGCCCAGGUUUCCGUCCAAUCAAAUCAAUUUGGAAAUUGCAGAGUCCACAGUGGUGGGUGUUCGGUUUCCUUUAGAAAGCGCCGUCGAUUUAGAUGUCGGCAGUAACUCAUUGAAGUCCUACAGUCUCAGUAAAGACGAUAGCUUCAGCGUUAGAGUAAAAGAUGUUGCUGGCGAAAGGAAAGUCCCUGAACUGAUUUUAGCAAAAGUUUUAGACAGAGAGAAAAAAGCCGUUCACAAGCUGAUUCUGACAGCUCAAGAUGGUGGAAACCCGGUGAAAUCGGGAACAGUUCAAAUAAUCGUCACAGUUUUAGACAAUAAUGAUAAUGUCCCAGUAUUUGAGAAAACCUCAUAUAAAGUGUCAGUAAGUGAAAAUGCUGAAAAGGGUGAAUUAAUAGUGCAAACAAAAGCGACAGACGCAGAUGACGGUCAAAACGGAGAAAUAGAAUAUUCAUUUGGAGCGCGCACACCGGAGGCCGUUCUUUCUGUUUUUACCAUUGAUUCCGUAUCAGGAACCGUGUUUCUAAAGGGAAGGUUAGACUUCGAAACAGCUGUUAAUUAUGAGUUGGAUGUUAGUGCUAAAGAUAAAGGCACCCCGAGAAUGGAGGGGCAUUGUACUGUGCACGUGGACAUUUUGGAUGUGAACGAUAAUUCACCAGAAAUAAUUUUCACCUCACAUCCAAAGCCAGUACGAGAGGAUUCAUCUAAUGGAACUGUUAUAGCCCUGCUCAGUGUGCGAGACCUGGACUCUGGUGAAAACGGAAAAGUCACAUUGGCAGUCCAGAAGAACUCCAACUUUGCCCUGAAACCGUCUUUCUCGCAAAAUUACGCGCUCGUUACGAACGGUGUUCUCGACCGAGAGAAGAUCUCUGAAUACAAUAUCGAGAUAACAGCAACUGAUUCAGGUAUUCCGCCCCUUUCAAGUAAAAAAAAGAUUCCUGUCAGCAUCACUGAUGUGAAUGACAAUCCUCCAGUUUUUACGCAGAGGUCUUAUAACGUGUAUUUAAAGGAGAACGAAGUUCCGGGUUCUAUUCUGUUCUCAGUAUCUGCGUCUGACCUGGAUUCAGGUGAAAACGCAAAGAUCUCUUACUCCAUUCUGGACUCGAAAGUCCAGGACGUGUCCGUGUCCUCCUAUGUUUACAUGAACUCAGAGAACGGCAGCAUCUACAGCAUGCACUCGUUUGACUAUGAGAAGCUGAAGGUGUUUGAGAUCCACGUUCAGGCAAAGGACCAGGGCUCUCCUUCUCUCAGCAGCAACGCUACUGUCCACGUCUUUAUCCUGGACCAGAACGAUAACGCCCCCGCCGUCAUUUACCCCUCCUCCGCUGCUCUGGGCUCCCUCUCUCAUCAGAGGAUGCCCCGCUCCGCCAAAGCGGGUCACCUGGUUACCAAGGUGACGGCGGUGGACGCUGACUCGGGUCAUAACGCCUGGAUCUCCUACAGACUGGCGGAGGCCACAGACGCCUCUCUGUUCACCGUCAGUCUGUACACAGGAGAAGUGAGGACUAAACGCGCUGUGUCCGAGCAGGACGACUCCUCUCAGAGGCUGAUCCUAGAGAUCAAAGACGACGGAGAGCCGCUCCAAUCCGCCACCGUCACGGUGUCCAUCCUGCUGGAGGACGCUCUCCACGAGCCCAUCUCAGAGCUGCGACACCACAAAGCGUCCGAGCCAAGCAAGAAAACGGGCAGAAUCACCCUUUAUUUGAUUCUGUCUCUGGCCUCGGUGUCCGUGCUGUCUCUGCUGACUUUUGUCAUCUUAGCAGUGAAAUGCAUGAGGAACAGCAGAAGCAGCGGCAGCUGCUGCUGCAUGAGACGCAGCGACUCGGAUGAUUACAAGAACCCCAACAGAAACCUGCAGAUUCAGCUUAACACCGAUGGACCUAUCAAGUACGUGGAGGUCCUGGGAGGAGACAUGAUGUCUCAGAGUCAGUCCUUCAGGUCCUGCAUGUCUCCCAUGUCAGAGUACAGUGAUUUCACUCUGAUUAAACCCAGCAGCACCACAGACUUUAAGGAGGUCAUCAGUGUGCUGGAUGCCUCUUUACCUGACAGCACCUGGACAUUUGAGAGUCAACAGGUGAGCCACAACUAAUACUGCAUAGCUAACGCAGUGUAUUACGUGUGUAUCUGUGGAAAAUGUUUUAAAAUUGUGUCAUGGUAAUAGAAAGACAAAAUACUUUAGGAUUUACUUUAUUUUCUUUCCUUACAUUUUUUUGAUUUUUGGUUUUCUCUUUUUUAAUUUCUAAUAAAACCGGAUUUCCAUGGUGAUAUAUUUUUAUCCAUAGUUUUUAUUGAAAACUAUUUAGCUAAAGAUCCAUUAUAAUAAUCAAAAAUAUGGUAAUGCUGGAUUUGCAAUCACUUAAUUGCUGAAUAACACACCUACGUGGAUGUUAAGUUGAGGAUCAUGUAGCCCUGCUGGGUUUCAAAAGUGUAGUUUCUUUACUACUUUUACAUCACAUCAGAUUUCAGCACCACUUUUCUGGACAACGAAUCUUGAAAAAAUUGUUGUAACAGGACCUCAUUGAAACAGUACAGACCAUUGAGCCACCGGCGGACCUGAGCAGAUCGGCCGAUGAUCAAGGGGCGGCUUUUCGAUCCUCAUUCCCCUCCAGUGUCCUUGGGCAAGACACUUCACCCACCCUGCCUCCAGUGUGGCUCCACUGGUUUGUAAAGAAAGUUCAUGGUGAUGCUUAGAGGGGCCGUAGGCGCCUACUGGCACACCUCUGUCAGUCUGCCCUGGGGCAGCUGGCUACUUCACUAGCUUACCAUUUUCAAAUAUGAAUGACGAGUGAAGGAAAAAUGGACACAUUGUAAGCACUUUGGGCGUCUGGAAAAGCACAGACAAAUUCGAUCCAUUGUUGUUAAUAUAAUUUAACCAAAUACUCCAUUUCCCAUAUGCAUUUGGACCUAAAAUUAAAACAUUUAUAACACAGAUCUAUUUUUUAAUCUAAUUAUGAUAAUUAGAAUUAAAAAAUCAUGUUUUGGUGGAAAACCAACUUAUAAAUGGCUCUGACGCACUGAAACGGUACUGUGGAGACUGCCGCACAUUAAAGCGCUCUCUCCUCUCUCAGUGGAUGUGAGGGAUGAUUUUUGUGCACCAAUGAGAAGCAGAUCUGUACAAAGAGAUCUAGUCCCUCCCCCCUCAUGCAGCCCCCGCCUCACAAAUGCUUCAACUGCAAAGAGCUGGAUGAGGAGAUGCGAUGAUCUUCAUACAUUUACAGAGAACACAAAGGGGAAACCCAUUUAACAUGACCUGACACUGGAUUUUACUUUGAAAGAAUGCUUCGUGACUAUGGAUGGGAAAUAUCAAUGUGAUUGCCUUGCUGGAUAAUAAUUGUAGCGGCACUGGGAUGACAAA